CUUCGCACAUCAACGAGCUUAGUUAACUUGAGGACAACGAAUCCUUCGGCAAUAAUAGCAUGCAAACUUAGUCUUUUGCCACUACUCCUUAUAGGCGGUAUAUCACUUCAUAGUGUCUUACAGAAGUAAUUUCCAUCCAUAACGGCGCGACUUUGAAAGGACGGCAUUAAAGUGAUGGGGACGAAUAACGUAGGCCCGCGAGCGUGUACAACCUGCGCAAAAGCAAAAGUCAGAUGUGUUCAAUGCACGAAUCCCUCGAAAUGCGAGAGAUGUAAUCGCUUGGGCAAACCAUGCUCGCAACAAACUCCAGCGCCGCCGCGAUCACGAAAGCAGAAAAAAAACACCAAAACUGCCAUGCUGGAACAAAAAUUGAAGGAUUUGAACUCUCAACUCCGUGCAGUUCAAACCCCUAUUGGGUAUACUUCCCAAGGGACCAAGCGCAGGAGAAGACAUCUAAUCUCAUACGACUAUUUGUUUCCAGGUGACAAAAAUGACAAAAAUGACAUGGCAUUGCAGGAGGCUGUUGAGCCGCAACGAGGAUUGCCCCAAUCAGUAUCUGACAACAGGCAGACCGACAACACGGAAAUUGUUGCAUGGCCCGAAGCUGAAGAGGCAGACAUCCUUCUGGGCAAAUACCGCUAUGAGAUGAUGCCUCUCUUCCCAUUCGUCAUGAUCUCGGCGGACGUGACUUCAGAUCAACUUCACCAAGAGCGACCAUAUUUAUGGAAAGCAGUCAUGCUGGAGGCUUGCACCCUCGACGGCUUUAGGCAGGUGCAAUUUGGAAUGCAACUACUCGAGGACCUAAGUGAAGCCCUAUUGCUCCGCCCUAAGAAAAGUCUCGAUCUUCUCCAAGGAUUGUUACUGUACAUUGCAUGGUAUCAUCAUGGCCUGACCAGCUUCCAAGUUACAAACUUACUAGGGCUGGCGCGAUCCCUUUGCCUGAGUCUUGGCUUCAACGAAACCUGGCUAGGACCGAAGCAGAUGAAUUGUGAAGCACACCGACUCGAACAGAUGAGAGCUUAUGCCGGCACCUAUUACUUGAUCACUUCUGUAUUCACCACCAGCAGAAGGCCAGACGCCUUGAUGAGCACGGCUCAUCUUGAGACCAUAUGCCGAGCUCUAAAAGACAGAGUCGAACAUCCAACUGAUGAGCUACUGGUUAGCAUGAUCAAAGUACAGAAGUUAGCACAUAGUAUUUGCUUUAUGGUGCAACCAGGUACUGGUCCAGCCCUGUCUGUUGUUCCCUUUAUGGCGUUGAUGAGGUGCUUUAAAGCACAAAUUGAGAGCUUUAAAGCAUCACUAUCGGUGGCACUUCGAGAUCACACUAGCCUCAUGGCACAUGUCCACAUUGCCGAAUGCCUCCUGUAUGAGGUCGGUAUACAUGGGUUUCCUACAGAUCCCGACAGCUUGCAAGGCAAGGAACGACUUGAACUGCUUUGGUCGCUACUGGGUUCUUUAAAGUCAUUCUUGGCUCUACGUUUCAAGAAGUCCAUUGCCACCGAAUGGCCUAGGUUUCUGUGCAUAGCGUCCGUCGACUUCAUGUAUGCUUUUAUCACCUGUCUGAAGCUUAUCACUCUCCAAGCACCCGGCUGGGACCUUUCGUUGGUUCGGCAAAAUCUUGGGCUCGGUGUGCUCGUUGAACGACAGAUUGGUGAGCUUGAGAUUCUUCUUCAGCGUCGUAAGCCACGGCCAGACGGUAAAGAACCUAGAGGCUUGCGGAUAUACGAGGAUCCAUUCCAAAAGUUGGCAGCCAACCUGAAGAGAGUCGUAUCUGUUCUCAAAGCCAUGCCGGACCCCUCGGCGACCGUGCCAGCAGUCACUCAAACAACCUCGCCAUUAGCUCCUGAUGGUGCUCCAUAUGGUCUCGAUAUUCCUCCUUCACUAGAUCCCGAUGCUUUUCAAACAAUGUGGGAUGACGACAAUCUAUUUGACACUGCUUACUGGAACGCUGCAUACGAUUAUCCAUUGGAGUCCCCUUGCAUUUGAAGAUAGGUCUAAACUGUCCCUACGCUCCACUCGAUAUAUACCAGGAUGGAAUUCACACGAGCUAUGAAAAAAAUCCGUUCAUCAUGCUUAGGAUGUGAACGGCAGCGUAACCCUUAAUGCUCAAACAUUUCGUUGGCAUAAUAAGACAAGAAUUAUUAUGCUUUGCGGGUGUA